CAGCACGUAAAUAUCAUCGCACAGACUGCAAAAAAAAAUUAAAAAAAAGGAAGGAAGAAAGAAAGAAAGAAAGGAAGGUGAAACGUGUCAAUGAAAGCGAGCAGGGGGGCAAAAACAUACGCAAACACAAGACAGCACCGUGCGGUAAUAACGAAUGUUCCUGCAGCAGUUCGGUAUUACCGACUGCAAACAUGUCAAGGCUUGUCAGUGGGACGAGAAGGCGUGGCUAAUGAAAUCCUGCUGCAGCUGUGAGCAAGCGGCAUAGAGACUCAAAACCAGUCUGGAGAUCGGAGAGACUAGACGUGUGUCGCUAUAACCCUGUCCUUUAAACCGAGAGAAAACACACAAGCCACUGAGGAUUGAGGAACUGGGGUAUAUCUAUAUCUAUAGCUAUAUAAACAACUGAAAAACAGCAACGAUCUCCGUGCAAUUACACGACAACUUUCAUGACCAGGUGCCCCCCCAUGGCCCGAGCACUGAAGGACGGAAUGCCAGAGAGGCGCGGAGGCAUUGCCGGGGGCAACCCGGUGAACUGCGGAGGAGGAGGAGGAGGAGGAGGAGGAGGAGGAGGGGGGGGAGGGGGCAGCGCAGGCACCUGCAGGACCGAAUCGCUUCGACGUAGAAACAAUCACCCCUUAUUGAUGGGGUACCAGUACUGCCGUCAGUACAUGCAGACGCACAGCGGCCCCGACACGACCGGCACACAGCCCCCCCUCACCCUCGCCCAGCGCAGCACCCCCACGCCAGUCUGCAGCACGCAACGCCACAGUGACGCUUCUCUGAUCCAGCAGAGGAGCCCCAGCCCCAGCCAGAGGGAUGUGAACGCCCAGCCCGACAUACUGCAGAGGGACCAGCGGCCCCUGGCUGACACCCCCCAGAGCUGCAGCCCCGCCUCCCACGAUCAGGUGGAAGAGGAAGACCUGUCGGGAAUGGUGGCUGAGCAACUGAGAAUCAUUGGGGAUGAGAUGAAUAAGAUAUACCAGCAAAGGAGGCAGAACGAAGUGCAGCACUGGCGCCACUGGAGAGGAGUGUGGAGAGGACUGUACAACUUCAUCACAGAGACCCUGACUGCUGCUUACCUGCCUGGACUUCGAUAGACUGAGGGGACAGGGGAGAGGGGAGAGGGGGAGAGAGAGGGGCUGGCUCCCUGCUCAUACACUGCUGAAAUCUCAUAUGUGAAUUCUGCCGGUCCAGAUGUUUUUUCUUUUUUAUGUGUAGCAUAAAACACUUUGAAUUGUGGUGUUGUUGUUGGUUAUUUUAGUUAUUUUUUAACCCUUACGGUGGUGAGCCAUUCUGUGCUGGAUUAGAGAACCACGAAAUGAAACAAACACACACACAAAAAAAAUAUUGUUAUGAAUUUUCUUAGCAUCAGGAACGAAAAAAAAAAAAAAAGUUCUAAGUAUAAUAUACUCUAUGCCGAUAAAGGACUGAAUAUUUUCUUUUUAAUUUGAAAGACAUACUUUUUCUUUUAUUUAUUAAAACUUUCAGGGGCAUUAUUUAUAUUUCGUGCAGGUUUAAUAUCAGCGAGACUUUUCUGUUCUACUGCAUUCCUUGAUUUGAGUUCUGAAAAUGACUGAUUAAAAAAAAAAAAAUGGAACACUUCGGAAUGAUUUUGGGGUGCUCCACCUGUUAGUUGAACCGCCUGGUGAAGGGUCUGAGGUCAGCGUUGUAAAUAACUUUGUCAGUUACACACACACACAAAAAAAGUGUACAUUGACUGUUUCAACUUUUCUAUGUGAAUUUUGUACAUCUUUUUCAAUAAAGGUUGAAAAUGAGUUUCUCAA